UUCGUAAAAGAAUUUCCUUGACAAAACUUUGACAAAAUGACAGAAAUAAACGAUUAUGAAAUAGAACGACAAAAAAAUAUUGAACGCAAUCGCGAACUACUAGCACAAUUCAACCUCGUUGAAGCGCGCUCUGCAUUACAACAAGCAGCACCAGCGUCCGUUAAGAAAGAUACCGAAAACAUACCUGUCAAAACCGAGAAGAGAAUCAGAAAACCUACGAAAAAACAAGCUGAUCCACUACCUGCACGAAAAUCAUCACGUCUACGUGGUAUUGAGCCGCCCAAGAUCCAAAUUAAUGCGGGCGAGUCUGUCCAAGGAUCAGAAGAGGAUAUUGAGGCACUUAUUACUACUGAAGAUGAAUUAUUGGAGGGAAAACUACUGGAGGCGGAUGAGUACUUUGAUGGAAAAGUGCGACAGAAUGCGUACAGGACAGAUGGACAUUACACGAGUUGGAUCAACCCGGAGCUGAUGGCAAAGCACGGCUUUGAAAACAAUGCAGCUGACGCUUGGGAAAAGAAUGGAGGUGGUACUUUUUCUUACAAAGAUCCACUGGGUACUGGAAAGAAAAAGGGAGGAUCCCGCGUUAACGCAAAGGUGGUGGCAAAACUGAUGUUUAAGAAAAAUCCAAACGCAUACUUUUAUCGACAUACUGAGCCGGAUGUUGAGCAAUGGGUUACCGAAUGGACGGAAGAGGAAAAAAAUCUGUUUCUGGAGACGGCCAAAAAAUACGGAUGUGGUGAUAAGUGGGGUCUUUUUUCAACCUAUAUACCUCACCGCGUUGGAUAUCAGUGUAGCAACUUUUACAGAAGCGUUAUAUUGCCUGAAGGUCUGAUUUUCGACAAGAACUACAAGGUUUGUUCAGUAAGAGCUUUUGAACGAUAGUUUGACCUUGUUUCAUAUCAACAUAAUGACGUGUACUAGUAUACCCACAACGGCAAGGCUAUCUACAUUGGAUCUCACAGAUCACGGGGCUAAAUAGAAGCGUGUGGUUGACCGUCACGGUAAUCCUGCGUUUCGUUGAGCCCGCACACCCUCCCCCUCCCACUUCUUUCAU